UAGUUAAACAAACGAUUACAUAUGCUGGAUUUAUAACAUAAUUCAAAUAAAGUUUUAAAUUUAUUUGUAUAUCAGUGAAUUGUGUUUUAAGCGAUAUCAAUCCAAUGUGUUAUGAUGAAUGAAGUAAAUUAUGAUUAGUGGAAAGAAAAAAAAGAAAUAGCAAAUAUCUUUUAGAAAAUGUAUUUUAAUAAUCCGGCCUUUGAAAAAUCAGAAGAAAGUAAAAAAGAUGACGAAGAUAGUUUUAAAAAAGAAGCAAUAGAACUAGAACAAAAGUUAGACAAGUUAAACCUGAACAAAAGUAUAAACGAAGAACUUCAUUAUAACCCUUAUCGCGAAAAAACAUUGAAAGAGACGACAGUAAAGCGAACUUCCCCAACCAAUAAUGUUGAAACAAAAGGACCAAAGUUGGUGAAAAUAGCUACGUUGCAAGAAUACGAAGAAAAAGUUUCUAAUACCAAUGCUGCUACACAAUUUCCCUUUGAAGAACUUAAACAAUAUGAUGUUGAAUUCAAUUCUAAAGAAGAAGCAGACUUUGCUCUUAUAAUAUACUUUAAAAAUCUUUCCUUUAAAGAGGACGAGGAUGCAUAUUUUGAUUAUAAGUUUGUAGAUCAUGUACUUAAACAAGCAGAUGUAAAUGCUCUGGACAAGUAUGGACAAACGUUAAUGCAUGAAGUAGCACGUGAGUGGAACACUGAUGUUGGAGUUUAUCUAAAAAGUAAAGGGGCUAACAUUGACACUCCUGAUAAUUGGGGGCGUACACCACUGUUUGUUGCAGCUAGUUCAAAUCAUUGUAAAAUGGUGGAAUGGCUUAUUCGCAAUGGAGCAAAUAUUUUUCAUAAAACAAAUAAAGGAGAAGGACAAAUGCCAAUCCAUUUUGCAGCCAAGUCAGGAUCUAUUGAGGCUUUUGAUAUGUUGGUAAAACAUGGUGCAAAUCCUUUGGAAAAAGAUGAAAGAAGUAGAUGUCCUUUUUAUCUUGCAGCAGAAAGAGGUCUUGAAAACAUGUGUUUACAUUUUCUUGAUUUGGAACUUCCUGUUGCUUCAUACUGCACAACUGGCACAGCUGUAAUAGAUUUAAUUGUUGAGAGGUUGCCAUCUUUUGUUGGUAGACAAGCAUUAGAUCAAUUUCUGGCAAAGGAUGGGUUAGUGGAGUAUUACUAUAUUAGUUGCUUAGGAAAACGUCGGUGGAGACUUCUUAGUGCUGAUCGAGGGCUUAAAUUCAAUCCUCCCACAUUUUUGGAAAUUUUAAUUGGUCAACAAGAUCUUUCACUGAUAACUCAUCCUGUUACUUUAAAAUUGUUAGAAGUUAAAGGAAAGUUUUCAAAUUUUUAUGUCUAUUUAAACAUAUUUCUUUAUCUGCUUUUUACUAUAAUGUGGACAUUUACUGCUACUCUUCAGUUACCUCGAAGUAAUAUGGUACGAAAUGAGAAUUUGGGAAAAUUUAAUGCAGUUAUUGUUGUUGCCGUUCUUUCUUAUUUGAUGACUUUCUUUUUCAUGUAUAAAUUAUAUAUGGAAUAUUCUAUUUCCUUGAAAUUGAAUGAGAAAUAUAAACAAGCAAAGUUAUUUGAACUUCAGCUUGAUACUUCAUUUUGUCAUCCUGCUUGGCCUAUAGAGGGAAUAUUGCUUAAAAGCAAUAUGGACACUUUAAAACUACGAUCAUCUAAUUUUUUUACAAGUGGAUGGAAUUUAGUUGAAGCUUUUUGUUUGCUUAUGUCAACCGUUCAAAUGAUCUUUACUGUAUACUGGUAUUGCAGUCCAACAAAAACUUUCAUUUUAAACAUGAGAAUGUAUUUCUCAUCAGUAUUUAUUCUUGUAACUUGGUUACGAUUAAAUAGAGCAUUAAGAUCUUUGCAAUUCCUAGGUCCAUUCAUUGACAUGCUUGGAGAAAUGGCAAUUGCAGCUGCUCGUUUUUGUUUUUUGUAUACUGAGUUCUAUAUACCGUUUGCUGUAAUGUUCUGGGUAAUUUUUGGAAGAAAUGAUAUUAAUAAUGGAGAUAAUGAAUAUGGAAAGUUCAAUGAUCUACUGUAUCAACUUUUUCUUCUUUUGUUUGUGGGUGGUUAUGAUUUUAACACCCUCGCUUCAGUCAAUCAGUUAUAUGCACGACUUGCCAUAAGUACUCAUUUUGUUCUUGUUAGUAUUAUCAGUUUAAAUUUAUAUAUUGGAUUAUUGGGUGAAGCAUUUGGUAGAGUUACUGAUAGAGCUGCUGCUAAAGUAUCUUUAACUUCAGCUGUUGAGUAUGCAACCUAUGAUUGGCUUAUACCACAUCUGGAAGAAAAAUUUGAAAUUUAUAUCAACAAAUUUUGUGCUCCUAUGCGUGUUAAAAAAAAUCGAAACCCAAAAGCUACUUCUUCACAAACUGUUCUAUUAGAGGCAAGUCGAAAAAUGCUUGAAAUGUUAAAAACUUUAGAGCGUAUUGAAGAUGAUUCGAAAACAAGCAAUAAAAAGCUAGAAUUUUUUAAUCAACAGGUUGAAAAGUCAAAGAAAUAUCUCGGGAAAAAAAAUACAAUAAACAAUACAAUUAGAGAAGUUGAAGAUUUCCAUUCGUUGCCUUUAACAAAAGCACAUAAAAAAACUCGUGAAUUAAUGAACAAGUUUAUUAAUCCGUAAUUUAAUUUUAAUUCGACUUUUUUUUAAUUUGUGAAUAUACAUAUAAAUUCUUUAUACGUUUAUUGAGAAUAAACAUAUAAACAAUUUUAUAUUUAUUUAAAUUAUUUAUUGACGUG